CGUUGGAAUGAGCGUGAAGUUCACUGCAGCUGAAAUUUUGGUUGGUCGAUAUUGCCUCAGCCACACUUUCCCAAAGUGUGAUGGCGGGGUCCCUCCCGGCACUGCACGCGAUGCGCCGCUGAUCAUGCAUCACUCGACGGACGCCUGCCUUCAAGGCUGCCGGUGACUGUGAAAACGUACACAUGUCGCUCUCGCUACCUCCUUUCUUUACGUUUGCCGUUGCUCCUACCUACCGCCGCCCAUAGCGCACGAAAUCGACUUUCAGCGGGGUCAAAGCUCCGCAGCUAACGACGAUAUCUCGAGCAGCCCCAAGUACAUACACGACAAAAGAUCACCAUGGGAUCCAUGAACUUCGUGACGUUCAACCAGGACCACAGCCAUCUUGGCGUCGGUACCACGAACGGUUACCGCGUCUACACCACCGAUCCAUUCAACAAGCAGUCUGAAUCCCGUGAAGGCGAUGUCUCCAGCCUUGAAAUGCUGUUCUCGACCUCUUUGGUUGCGCUCACACUGUCUCCACGAGUCUUGCGCAUACAAAAUACCAAGAGACACUCGACCAUCUGCGAGAUGACCUUCCGUACUGCCAUUCUUGCCAUGCGACUGAAUCGGAAACGACUAGUUGUGGUGUUGGAGUCAGAGCUCUACAUCUACGAUAUAAGCAACAUGCAGAUGCUGAAGACUGAGAAGACAUCACCAAACCCCAACGCAAUAUGUGCUCUGUCCGCGUCGUCUGAAAACAACUACCUUGUAUAUCCUCUUCCCACGAAAGCCGCGCCGAACACCUUCCAGCCACCCUCGCAUGCACCUCCCAAGUCCGAUCACGUUGCGCCCACCAGCGGCGAGGUCCUUAUAUAUGACGCUACAAAGAUGGAAGCAGUCAACGUAAUAGAGGCGCACAACUCUCCGCUGUCAUGUAUUGCGCUCAAUAAUGAUGGAACACUCUUGGCGACUGCUUCCGAAAAGGGCACCAUUAUCCGUGUUUUCUCUAUCCCAGACGCACAGAAGCUCUAUCAAUUCAGGAGAGGUUCUAUUCCGGCCAGAAUAUACAGCAUGUCGUUCAACUCAACCUCCACACUGCUCAGUGUGUCAUCGGCGACAGAGACAGUCCACAUCUUCCGCCUCGGCACUCCGAACACAAGUCGCAGCAACAGCGUGUCUUCUGGGCCAAAUAGACCAAUGUCAGGUCCCCGAGGCCGCAGCGGUAGUCGUGCGAGUGAAGAGGCGCCAGACGAGUUUGGGGACAGUAUUGGAGACAUCGCUGCUCCAGAGCGCAAGCCGCUGAACCCAACCUUCGGCAGUCUGAUACGGCGAACAUCGCAAACAGUUGGUAAAUCAUUCGCUGCAACUGUUGGUGGGUACUUGCCAAGCGCAGUGGCUGAGAUUUGGGAACCAUCACGCGACUUUGCAUGGGUCAAGGUACCCAAAUCACUAAAUAGUGCUUCUACCGGACCCAUCAGGACUGUGGUCGCACUUAGCAACAAUGCACCACAGAUUAUGGUGAUCACCAGUGAAGGCAACUACUACGUUUUCAACAUUGAUUUGGAGAAAGGAGGCGAAGGAACGCUGUACAAGCAAUACUCACUCCUCGAACCGAACGAACUUGCAUCAGGCAGCAUGCAGGACUAUGCUGACUAGGUGUCGCGACGUCCGACCAGUUACCUCUGAUAAGAGCAUGUGUUUGUUUUACUUCGUUUUUGCAUGGCAAACGGCGUUGGCUUGACCAAACCACAUUAUUCCCCUGGGCUUGAGCACAGUUCGCCUACUAUACUUCUCUAAUUGCAUCUCUGUGCGACGUUUCACGACCUAAGCUGACGAAGCGCUCUGCCUCUCCAUGGGUGAACCAUUCUAAACGAUGAUGUCAUGAUCCUGCAGUGCACUCAUUAUGGAUGCGUUGCAAUGCCAAACGCGACACGG